GGGAGCAGCAAAUAUUUGCUGCUGCUUCUCUUCUUCGAAAAAUCCCUUCUUUUCUCCUUCCGCCUGUGUACAUACAUAAAACACGCACACACACAGUGUAUGUGUAUUUGUCGAUCGAACUUAUUGUUGAAUUAGGUGAAUAAUUUGAGUGGAUUUCUAGCCAACAUUCGCUGGUUUUUUGUAAUUUGAAUCUGAUUUUCGAAUUACACAGCUUCACCUGUCGAAAUUUUGAAUUUUAAGCAGUUUUUUCGUUAUGUUUGUUGAAAUUUGUGGAAUUAUCGUGGUAUUUGCAGUGGAUAAUCAGUGAAUUUGUGAGAUUUUGUAAUUUCUGGGCGUUUGUUGAGUUUUUAUUGUGUGUUUGAAUGGAGAAUAGUGAGGGAGGGGAUUUUUUCCCUCCUAACAAGGCUCAAUCGGAGGUGGCUGUUUCCGCUGAUGCAGCUACGACGGUGCAGCCGCAGGUGGCAGUGGAUAUUCCGGCGAAGAAGCUGGCUAGGCAGCUGGAUUUCACGGUGUUCGGUGGCAGUGGUGGUCAAUCUCCGGGCACCGCUAUGCCGGAGCAAACAAAGCAGAUUCAACCGCUUGUGAAAUCAAUACAACUGCAAAGGCCACAGACGCAGCAACAUAUGGUGUUAAUGCCGACGAAACAAACUGCGGUGCCGACUACUCAUCCUUCAAUACGACCUCCUCUGAAACCAGAUUCUCCAAGAGCACGGCCAAGGCAAAGUGCUAGUGAGGUAAAAGAUGGUACUCCUAAAAAGCAGAAGCAGUGUAACUGCAAACACUCUCGAUGUCUAAAGUUGUAUUGUGAAUGCUUUGCAUCUGGCAUAUACUGUGAUGGGUGCAAUUGUAACAAUUGUCAUAAUAAUGUUGAAAAUGAGCCUGCUAGACGUGAGGCAGUUGAAGCUACUUUAGAGCGUAAUCCACAUGCAUUCAGGCCUAAAAUCGCCAGCAGUCCGCAUGGAGCUCGAGAUAAUAAGGAGGAAAUUGGGGAUGUCUUAGUCUUGGCAAAGCAUAACAAAGGAUGCCACUGCAAGAAAUCAGGUUGCCUCAAGAAGUAUUGUGAGUGCUUCCAAGCCAACAUUCUUUGCUCUGAAAAUUGUAAAUGCAUGGACUGCAAAAAUUUUGAAGGAAGUGAAGAGAGGCAGGCUCUUUUCCAUGGAGAUCAUGCAAACAACAUGGCAUAUCUCCAGCAGGCGGCAAAUGCUGCUAUCACAGGGGCCAUUGGAUCCUCUGGUUAUGGAUUGUCUCCUGUGAACAAGAAAAGAAAGGGCCAGGAGCUGUUCUUUGGGUCAUCAGUUAAGGAACCUGUUCACAGGCAUGGACAAUCCCAACAGGGGAACCAUAUCAAGGCUUCUGUCCUACCUUCAUUAUCUUCAGUUCCUGGUCCUUGUGUUGGAAAUGCUGCAACAGUGGGUCCUUCCAAGUUUACUUACAGGUCUCUGUUGGCAGACCUCAUCCAACCACAAGACUUGAAGGAACUUUGCUCAGUUUUAGUUUUACAUUCAGGAGAAGCAGCAAAGAUGCUGGCAGAUGAAAAGGAUGCUUCAAUAAAACAGGCUGAGGGGCAGAGAGAAGCUUCCUUGGCUUCAUCAACUCAGGAGCGAGUACAAAACCAGAAAGAUUCUGGUACUGAGAAGGAUAUGCUUGACUGUUGUUCAAGUGGGGACCAGGGUGAGAAAAUCAGUGUGGAAGAGUCUAGUUUGGAUGGUGCUGAUGUAUCAAAAAGGCCAAUGUCGCCAGGGACGUUAGCACUAAUGUGUGAUGAAUCACACACCAUGUUUUCAGCUGCUGUUGCUUCCCCUAAUGACCUAGCGACUCUUAACUGUAAUACAUCUUCUCAAUUGCCCCACGGGCAGGGCAUGACCGAGACGUAUGCAGAACAAGAAAGAAUCGUGUUGAUGAAAUUUCGUGAUUGUCUUAAUAGGCUUGUCGAUUUAGGACAACUAAAAGAACGAAAAUGUUCUUCAAUGAUCCGAGGUGCUGACCCCGUCGAUCAAAAAGAUAUGAUUGGUAAUGGUUUUACUACGACUGAAAUGAGGAAUCAGCAUGAUUCCUUAAACAAUGGUGUUGCCAAGUCUGCUCUUCCUCAGCCAAGAACAACUCAGUUGUUUAGUGCAGUAGUAACUACUGCUAAUAAUAAUCCAUUUCCUAAAGUUCAUCGUCCAGAUGAGAAUGGGGAUGUCAAACCAAAAAUCUGAAAAUAAACCGUAGUGAGUUUUAGAAUGAGAUUUGCCUGUAACUGCUGCUUCUUUUGUAAUAUUAGGCUUUUAUUCAUUCUGUCUUUCUUUGAUGUAGCAGUGAAGUUCAUUCAGGCCCCAUUUGUUAGAGCUAACAACCCAUGUAACUUCUACCACAUUUACUUUAGUAUAAUUUCAAUCAAAAUUGUAUUUUGUUUAA